GCUUAUCCCGAGUCGACGCCAGCUCAGUGUGUAGUAGCCAGUUCACUCUCUGACUGCACACCAUACCCGCUUUUCCUGCUGGCAUGAGCGAACCCCGCUAACCAGAUCGCUAGCUUGUGGUACCCAGUCCUCGCGGGCAUUUGAUACCCACUCUACAAUGUCUGCCACUACAUACUUAAAAUUCGCAGUCGCUGUGAAAGAUGUUCUCGUGGCUUUGGUGGAAAAAGCGCCCGAUAUUAUCAAAGCCUUAAAGGAGGAUGGCAGCGGGAAGGUGAAACAGGAACACGAGGAUCUUGCACAGGACAUAUGCGCCCUUCGGAAGGAACAAGACCGGACUUCAGAGAAAAUCAACGCCUUAGUUGAGAGCCAAGAAAAAUUGAACAAAACCCUCGAGCUGCUGAUAAGACUGCUGACAGCGCUAGAUAGCCUGCCGUCAGGGACUUCGCGAGACCUGCGAGAGAGCAUUCGCGACGUCUUGGGUCAAGGAGGCCUCCGCCAGGACUCAGGCGCGCCUGUGCACGAGGAAAAUUUUUAUUCGUCAGAUCAGCAUUACGAGAACAGCUCUGAAAACCAGGCUCCCUCAGGGAUAACCUGUGCAGUCUGUAGGUCGACCUACAAUGCGCACGAUCGUCGUCCGCUUAUCUCUCCAGCUGCGGCCACACCUUCUGCGAGGAAUGCCUUAGGACGGAGAACCGCAAGAGUGUGUUCCGGUGCCCUUCUUGCCGGCAGGACGCGACCAGUUCUGGACGCUGAAGCCAACUUCGCGCUGCUCGACCUGCUCGAAGCGGAGAUCAGGGACGACGAAGACGACGAAGACGACCUCAAGAAGGGUCUCCGCAUGGACGACGACGAUGCUCUCCCUCGCCCUCCACAUGUCGAGAACAAGGAGUAG